UCCUGUGGUCCCGAUGAGUGUUUCCAAACCACCUCCGCCCCAUUCCCAUUUCCCCAGCAACCCAUCCUCCCACCUCACCCUGCCUCCAUCCUCUCUCUUCCUCCCCUCUCCCUCCACCCUCCCUCCGCCGCUGUCCCCCAGCCCCGCUGUGCCUCCUCCUCCCUCCCCAGUUAAGAUCUCCAUGCAGGAGCAUUUUGCCAUCAAUGUGUGCCCCGGCCCCAUCCUCCCCAUCCCACAGAUCUCCGACUUCUUCCCUCGUUUCCACGACUUCCCCAUCACCCCCCCUCCACCCCGGGAAAAACAAGUUCUAAAGGACAAAGACAAGGACGGAGACGGGAACGGAGAGAAAGACCGCAAGAGGGAGAGAGAGCAAGAGGAGAACGGAGAGUUUGCCGACUCGGAUGACGAAGACACCUACCUGGGAACUCUGGAGUUCAACCUGCUAUUUGACCAAGAAAAUAACUGCUUGCACUGCACAAUCCACAAGGCCAAGGGACUAAAGGCCAUGGACUCCAAUGGACUGGCGGAUCCAUAUGUGAAACUCCACCUCCUGCCUGGAGCAAGCAAGGCAAAUAAAUUGCGAACCAAGACUUUAAAGAACACGCUGAAUCCAGUGUGGAAUGAAACACUCAUCUAUCACGGCAUCACGGCUGCUGACAUGACCACCAAAACCCUCAGGCUGUGUGUGUGUGAUAUGGAUCGUUUAGGACGGAAUGAGUUCAUAGGUGAAGUCAGGGUGGCCCUCAAGAAACUCAAGGAGGGAGAGAGCAAGAAAUACAACAUGGGCCUCGAGAGAAUUGCGCAGACCCGGGAGGGUAACAGCCAGGCAGUGGAUCCUGCGGCUCCUGUUGCAGAAGAGGAGCGUGGCCGUAUCCUAGUCUCUCUGAUGUACAACACAGAGAAAAGUUCUCUGGUUGUGGGAAUUAUUCGCUGUGCCCACCUAGCUGCCAUGGAUUCGAACGGCUACUCAGACCCUUUUGUCAAAAUUGUUUUGCAGCCUGACAUGGGGAAAAAGUCCAAAUACAAAACCUCAGUGAAGAAGAAGACUCUAAACCCGGAGUUUAACGAGGAGUUCGCCUAUGAACUCCCACAUGAUCAGCUGGCCAAGAAGACCCUGGAGAUCUCAGUCUGGGACUACGACCUGGGCAUGAGCAAUGACUUCAUAGGUGGCGUUGAAUUGGGGAUUAACGCAAAAGGAGAGAGACUGAAACACUGGUUUGAGUGUCUAAAAUACAAAGGAAAGAAAGUGGAGUACUGGCACACACUGACGCAGCAAGGAGCCCCUAGCAGUGACUAACGCUCAGACAAGCGCGCACAUGUUCAUCCUCUGAAAAGUAAUACAAAAAUAAUGGAGUAAUAAUGAUUAAGAAAUGCAAUAAUGCUCAGUCUGUGAACGUUGACGACGAUGACGACAUUCAAUAUUAAUGCGUGAGAAAAAGCAUCAUAAUCUAUUGUACAGCUAAGUGUCACAUUCUUUUGUGAUGAGAAAGCAGCAAGUGUGAUCACAAGCCCGGAUUGUGACGCACAAUCUUUUUCCGGUCUGCACGUCACUUAAUGUGAAAUCGUACCGUGUUGUGACUAUGCCACAGGAGCUCAUGCCAUAUUAUAGUGUUAUUGUUUAUUACAUGUCAAACGUGUAAUAGCAUCCUGGUGUUUGUUACAGUUGGUGGUGCCGUAAUUUUGCACACUGUCAAAGCACAACACAUCCGGCUGACUGUAAACGUCUAUGUGUACCUAUGUAUUUACCUUUUGUGAUUUGUUACGUAUGAAAGUUUACAGUCUCUUCCAGCCCGACAAAAAAAAAAAAAAAAAAACGCGACGCGCGGGAAAAGCACAAGGGACGGCGCGCAGAGGAACUCUGAAGCGGUGAAAGGAACCGUCUAUGGAUUUAAACGUUCGCUCAAGAGCUGCGGCCUGUCACUUUGAGAAGAACCAAACGACAGUCACCUCAAUGCGAAUGUGUGUGCGUGAAUGUCCCUGUCUGUGUUUUGUCUUUGUAUGUGUCUCUGUUGAAUGUUUGUACAGUCUCCUACAAAAAAAAAAAAAACUAACAAAACAAAACAAAAAAAAAAAACAAGCGCUGAUGCACGUUGACAGACUUUUUCGCUCUCUCUCUCUCUCCGGCGCCCUCUACUGGUUUAGAGGCUUAAACGCCAGGACAGUGCCGGUAUGGAGGGUUAAUUGCCUCUGGCAGGCCUCAUGCACAACUGCACGCCCCAUUAGGGGUUAAAUUAGCAAUCAAAGAAGCCUUUGAAGGACAAACUACCUGUCAAGGACAUCUUUGGGUCAGAAUCUAGGUUGGUCCUGACAAAAAGAUUCACGUUUCUUGCCAUGCGUGUGAAAUCGAUUGCAUUUAUUUGACUCCUUAAAUCAGCUACCUGCAUCUACUUUUCAUCCUUGUCUCGUCUGAAGACAUUUUAUGCAUUUAAUUGCACAAAAAAAACCCUCAUUGUUAACCCUGUCCUCUUAUGGCCCGCUCCUUUUUUUUAAAUUAUUGUUAUUUUUUACAUUUGAGUUAUCAAACGAAUGGCCUAAGCGGUGUAUAAUUAUCAAAUGUUAUUCUAAGCAGCUGCAUGCCAAGUGAAUGUCACAUAUGCUUUGAUGGACCACCGAUCUGCAGUGCUUAUGUUUGUCCUAAUAUCCAUCAAUGGGCCCUUCUAAGGGUAUUUGUUUUUGCUCAGUGAACUGGGACAAUCCAGGCUACCUUUGAUGAAACAGCAUGGCAUUUAGAUAAUGGACUGGCACCACCUGCCAGCCAAGAUGGGACUCCAAGGGGAGCGUUAAUGAACGAGGGGUCAAACUGAAGGAGGAUUAUUCAAGUCUCGCUCACGUGUCCUCGUUGACUGUCUGUGUGGAACAUGUGAUGUGACUGCCAUCGUGUGUCGGUCUCUGUAAAUGCGUCUCCGAAAUAAAUUGGUGCAACAGUG